AUGUCUUCGUCAGAACCUGAACCGCUAACGAGGAGAGACUUCUGCUUUCUCACCAGCAUAGUUCCGGAUCUCCCUGGACCGACAAUCGAUGAAACUCCCACCUUCAAAGCGUCAUCCCCGCUCGACUAUGGCCGUCACGAGUCCAAGAAAAUAGAGAUCCUUCCUGGCUCUACUUCCGAUUUAUUCAGAAUCAUACCCACCGAGAUCAUUGUAAAGAUUCUCAGCAUGCUUGACCUCCAAAGUCUCACAGAUCUCAGAAGAGUUUCCUGGGGAGUUCGAGCUAUUGUGAACACCAUUCCAGCAUACAAAGACCUCAUGAAGUAUUCGCCCGACACCGUACGUGCCUUAUUAUCAACGGAAACGGCCAUCUAUUCCACCCCUCAAGACAUACUCGAUGAACUUUGUCGCCAGGACUGCUUCAUUUGUGGAGAUUUCGGACCACUUCUCGACACGAUCACUGGACGCCGGUGUUGUGUAGAUUGCGCAACGUUUUCCCAACUUAUGCGCUCCAUCGAAAUUAGUUCAGCAGAGUUGCGUGGUCUGAACGAAACUACCAUACGUAAACUCCGUACAGUCCACACUCUUCGUACCGAAAGGUAUCGAGUACAGCCACGACAGCAGCUUGUUCGUUUCGUGGAGGCGAAAAAAGUCGCAGUUGAACUCGGCAAAGCUCGCGGUUUCAAUUUCGUGGAGUGUUUUACUCUCAGCACGUCAGACCAUCUACGGCGAUUUCUGCCACUGUUGCGUUUCCCUACCCUCGACAAACGAAGUGGAAGGUUAGGAUGGGGGGUCUCUUGCAAAGCUUGCGAUCGUAGUCUCCGUAUUCUUAGUCAUAGGAAGGAGGAACCUAAGCUUAAUGUUCACUAUACCGUCUCUGGGUAUAUAGAGCAUUUCAAGCAUUGUAAAGACUCUCAACUCAACAGAGACAAUGCGAAACUAUUCGCAGAAAUAAAAGCUGCUACGGAAGACAUUGUGUCUCGGUUGCAAAGACUAACGGGCGGGUUGCAACGAUUGACGCGCGAGUUGUGA